AUGAACUCUAGAAUGAGAUCUUUGCUCCUCGCUCUCGUGUGCCUUGUGACUUUCACGCCCGGCGCCGUCCUCGCGAAUUGGCAGUGCCCGACAUUCGACGAGGACGCGCUCAUGGAAACGCUCAUGGUUUGCGUGCAAGAUCCCGAUGGUCUGUGUGGAAGCACUUGCGUCGGCGCGCUCGUUUCUGGUGCUCUAUCAGUGGCGGACGAAAUUCCAAUUCCGUGCGAAGGAGGCAUCUCCGGCGUUCUCGAGAACGUCUUCAAGCGCUGUACCGAGGAAAAUGGCGGGACGUUCGAUCCCUGCGACGGCGCCGUGGAGCAGCAGCUCCGAGACAACGCGCAGUCGGUCCGCUGCGUCGAGGGCGGAUAUCUUUCGGAUUACCUCUGA